CUCUGUCUUCAAUUUUUUUUUUAAUAUCUUUACAAGAAAAAAUGGUUAACAUUGGUAUUAUUGGAUGUGGAUUCGUUGGAUCCGAAUUGAUUGCACAACUUCAUGCAACACGCUCAAGUGCCAAACGUUUAAAGGUGGUAGCUAUUGCUAAUAUUGACUUGAUGCAUCUCUCUGAUAAAGAAUAUACACCUCUUCAUCUUACUCAUUGGCAAGAUGAUCUUGAAAAGAAUGGCAUCAAGCCCGACUUGGAGGCUCUUGUCAAGUACCUGGAAGGUUCUCCUGAUCAUGCUGUUAUUGUUGACUGUACUGCCUCUCAAGCAAUUGCUAAUAUGUAUCCUAGCUGGCUUCGUAAGGGUCUCUCGAUUGUCACACCCAACAAGAAGGCCUUCUCAGGUCCUCUUGCUCUCUUCAAGGAGAUUCACAUGUUAUCUGCUAACUACAGUGGUAAUGGUCGUACUCCUAUGACCUAUCAUGAAUCUACUGUAGGUGCAGGUCUUCCUGUCCUUUCUACUCUUGUUGAUUUUGUAAAGACAGGUGAUGAAAUUCAAUUGAUCGAAGGUAUCUUUUCUGGUACUCUUUCUUAUCUCUUCAACAAUUAUUCUUCUAUUAAUCCCAAGAAUGAUUCAAACAAGUCCUUCUCUGAAAUUGUGAAGGUAGCUAAAGAUCUUGGUUAUACUGAACCUGAUCCUAGAGAUGAUUUGAAUGGUAUGGAUGUUGCUCGUAAGGUUACCAUUUGUGGUCGUUUGGCUGGUGUAGAACUUGAUUUAUCUACUUUAAAUGUUGAAAAUAUUGUGCCUGAAUCACUCCGACAAGUAGCUACAGCUGAAGAGUUCAUGGCUAAAUUACCCGAAUUUGAUGAUCACUUUGCUAAAUUGAAUGAAGAAGCAAAGAAGGAAGGUAAAGUGCUUCGUUAUGUUGGUGUUGUUGAUCCUAAGGGUAAUAACAGUGGUGUUAAGUUAAUGAAGUACCCUGCUGAUCAUCCUUUUGCUGGUCUUCAAGGAAGUGAUAAUAUUAUUAAGUUUACUACCAAGUACUUCCCUAAUGGUGUUAUUGUUCAGGGUGCUGGUGCUGGUGGACCUCCCACUGCUUAUGGUAUCUUUUCUGAUUUGCUCAAGAUUCAAGAACGCGUUGAAGGAUUUUAAACAAAACCCUCUCUUCUAUUUUAUUUUAUGUAAUUUUAAUACCUGUCAAUGAAUUAUGUCUAAAUAAAUAAUCUAAUUGGCUGGAUUUGGCUUAUUUAUUUUUUU